AUGGAAGACAGUAUGGAAGGUGAAGAAAACAUUGAAGAAGUUCUAAAGUAUGAAAAUUUGAAUUUAAUUAAAGAUGUUAUAAGUUUGAGAUGGACCAUUUUCUUUAGAAUGUAUGAACCAAGAUAUCUGAUUGACCAGCAUGAAGACCUGUUCCUUUUGCAUGUUUUAGAAAAUAAAAAGAUGCAUUGUGUGAAGAUGAUUUAUGAGCAGGAGGCCCAUGGUAUAGAAAUAUCUCAAAUAACUCUUCUGCCAGAAAAAAUGUUAAAAUAUAUUGAAUGGAAAUUUAAAAUUUCUGAAGCAAUCAGUAAAAUUGAGGAAAAUAUGUCAAUUAAGACGACACAUAUUGAUCAUAUACAGCAUGAUGAACAUGAUGGGGAUAAAAAAUCCAUAAAUGCAGAAAAUGUUUGCAAACAACCAUACAUGUUUCAAUCAAAUCAUAAAGCUCAAGGUUUAAAAAAAAGAAAGUUUCCUGAUUUUAGGAAUAAAGAAACACCACUGGACAUGCUGGACAUUUCUGAAAAUAAUGGAGAAGUAUUACGGGGCAUAUAUACCAAAGAGAUUGUCAAGGAUACAAUUUUUGUAGAAGGAUGUGAAAAUGAUGAAGAAAAGUGGCAGAUAUAUGAUGCAGAAAUUGAUAUAGAAAAAUUUACUGUACCAGAUCAGAAGGAAGAUAUUCCCCAAGGACAAAUAGCUUUCAAAAGACAAUCGUGGUCAAGUAUCUGUGGUGUAGUGAUAUUUACACUGUUGUUGCAGUUAUCUGUAGUCAUGGGCAGAAAAGUUCAUCCUGAUCAAGGACACCUGUGCAGUCGGUGGAAUUUACAGAAAAGCAAUUUGUAUUUAGAAGAUGAAAAGGGAAAAGACAGCUUCAACAGAUUACCACUUACUGGACACCUGUGCAGUCGGUGGAAUUUACAGAGAAGCAAUUUGUAUUUAGAAGAUGAAAAGGGAAAAGACAGCUUCAACAGAUUACCACUUACUGCAUCAUCUUUACUGCAAAACAAUGAUCAACUGGACAAAGAUUUAGAAAGCACUAGUUUUCAUUCAAAAUACAAGAGGAUACAUUUUAUGAGAAAACUAAAUGGUAUCAGAAAUGAAAUCGAGAGAAAAGAAAGAAAAACAAGUAUUUUUGAAGAUGAAAAACCUAGUUUAUUUCAACUAAAUGAUAGGAUUGUAGGUAAUGAGAGAACCUACUGGGGAAAGACUAGGACCUUUAGUGAUGCAGAUAUUAGUAGAAUUGAAAAUACUUUCAGAAUGGAUGUGUAUUUUGUUUGGGAUGAUGCUUUCAUUGAAGAAAUUACUGAACACUAUACAGAAGAUAAUGAGACAAAAGAUGAUGGUGAAAACUGUCAUAUACCUAAUUAUAGACUGGACAGCAGAUAUGCUAAGAAUGAACAUAUUAUUGAUGCCAUGGAACAUUAUGAUUGCAAUUUUCAAGAGAGCAUUGAGGAAUAUAAAAUGGUACUGAUGUCUGAUUUAAAGUUACUUAAUUAUAAUGGUGUGAAAGAAAAGAAUGACAAAAAAAGCAAAAGUUGGGACAUGGGUAUGUGA